GCCAAGAUGGCAGCUACCGUGUUCCGAGCUGCUCUGCAGGACUGGAGGAGCUGUGUCCGGCGGAGCUACCGGAGUCGGCAGCUGAGCCAGACGCAGGGGCCUCCUGAUAACCCCAGCUUUGUGGAGUCUGUGGAUGAAUACAAGUUCGUGGAGCGCCUGUUCCCCCCUACCAAAAUCCCAGAACCACCGAAGCAUAAACAUUAUCUCACUCCCAGUGGGUGGCAGCCUCCCAGAGACCCUCCUCCCAGCUUGCCCUACUUUGUCCGGCGCUCCCGGAUGCACAACAUCCCGGUCUACAAAGACAUCACACAUGGCAACCGGCAGAUGACGGUGAUCCGGAAGGUGGAAGGGGACAUCUGGGCUCUACAGAAGGACGUGGAAGAGUUUUUGAGCCCACUACUGGGAAAGACACCUAUCACUCAGGUUAAUGAGGUGACAGGCACUCUUCGAAUCAAGGGCUACUUUGAUGAACAGCUUAAAGCCUGGCUUCUUGAGAAAGGCUUCUGAGGCCUGAUGGUCAGCCCAUGUGGCAGUGCCCUCCACAGACUGGCAUCCAGAGAGGAAGUGGAUUUGGAGUCUCUGGAAUGGGAUACAAAGAAAGGGGUUUAGUAUCCAGGGCUAAAGGGCUU